AUUUUAUGAAGUAGUUUGGUGUUUACAUUGAAGUGCUCUCACUGUAGCGGGCACUCUCAGGUACAGAGGAAGUCCAAAAAAGCUUGACAUCUUUCAGAGUGACAAGCUCUGACUCAGGCAGUGGCUGUCAUGGACUCUGAAGACGAACCCUUGUUGCUUCAAGGUACCUGGAAUGUGAGCGAGUUUGAAGAGCAAGAGGAGGGAGACGAGGAGGAGGAAGAUGAUGGAGGGGUGGAAGAAGCCAGAGGAGGAGAGCAAAUCUGUAGAGGGGUGUGGUGGGCUUUGGGUUGGGUGUACACGCAGCCCUGGGCGAGUGGGCUGGUUCUUGCGGCAGGAUUUCUGGUUCCGUUUGCUCUCUCUGCUUUUAUGUUCCUUCGCUGUGAACCACUAGACAUUGACCUUUCCUACAGCGCAUUUGAGGUUAGGAGUCAUUACUCUGCUGAACGCUUUGAUGCUCUCACCAUUGCACUGAAAAAUCAGUUGGGGUCUUGGGACAGGCACAGGCGUGAUGCUGAGGGAUUUGACUUUGAGGCCACUGCUCUGAGGGACCUUCUGUUGCUCAUGGCAAACAGACAAGGAAAGGAUGUAUCUGAAAUGGCAAAUGUCUCAAAGCCUGCAGAGAUCUUGGAAACAAGACAGACUGAGACAAGGGUACAAAAUGAAAAUAAAUGGUUUGGUAAUGAGAAAAAUAGCACAAUGAAAGAGCAAAAGACAAACUACACAAGUCCUAAAAUAACUUUAAGAGCCAACUCCCAUGUAGCCGAGGAUUGCAGUAAACCCAACACACCUUUAAUCAGGAAGCAAAGAUUUGCAGGAUACUCCUACCUCCAGACCCAGGCACUGUGGAGGAUAGAACUAGUGUUUGUGGCUCAGGGGGACAAGGAUAACAAUAUCUUCACCCCCGAACGCAUUCUCACCAUACACCAUGUGGAGAAACUUCUAAUGCAGCAUCCACACUUUCAGCAGUUCUGCUGGAAGCCACUGGAGGCUCUACGAGACUUACCCUUGGGACCUUCCUUUUGUGCUCCUCCGAGCUCUGUUCUGUCAUAUCUCUUCCCCAGUGAGCAUGCAGGGAAGAUCUAUUAUGAUGGCAUGGGACCUGAUCUAGCUGAUGUACAUGGUGCCUUGAGCUUGGCAAUCACCCACCCCCAGUUUUACUGGUACGUGGAUGAGUCACUCACACCAGACAAGCUUCAGUCCUCUCUUCUUCGCAGUGAAAUCCAUUUUGGGUCUCCUCUUCCCUCCUUCUACUCUCUCCAAGACAGGCCGCUAGAACAGAGACGUCGGUUCAGAGACUUUGUGGUGCAGUAUGCUGACAUCCUGUCUCUACAAUCUACCAGUAAAGUGAAGGUGCUGUACGGGGGCACAGAGUUAUUUGAUGAUGAGGUACGGAAAACCUUCCACAGUGACAUGUUGCUGGCUCUAUUCAGUGGCGGCUGCAUCACUGUCCUUGUGUACGUUCUAACCUCAUUUUCCGUGUUUCUAACAUUCUUUGGCUUGGCCAGCAUUGGUCUGAGCUGUCUCGUGGCACUCUUCUUGUACCAUGUGGUGUUUGGAGUGAAAUACCUUGGUAUUCUCAAUGGGGUAGCAGCCUUCGUCAUCAUUGGCAUUGGAGUGGAUGAUGUUUUUGUGUUCAUAAGUACCUUCAGACAGGCAGGUCACCUGACUUGUUCAAUGCAGCGUAUGAUUUACACAGUAAAGACAGCAGGCAGAGCCACGUUCUUGACGUCCUUCACAACGGCAGCAGCAUAUGCUGCAAACACCUUCUCACAGAUCCCGGCGGUUCAUGAUUUUGGUCUGUUCAUGUCCCUCAUUGUGAGCUGCUGCUGGCUUUGGGUGUCCUUUCAAAUGCCUGCUGCUCUCUGCAUCUGGACCCAAUGUGGAGCUGCCCGUCACAAUGCCUGUCCCAAAUGGUGGAACAGCCUAACUAAACUGUCUACCAGCCCCAGUCCUCUCUCAGAUGAGGAUGAUGUUGCUCUACUAACUGUAGAAAUGGAACCAGGUCUGUGUGACUCAGAAUCGGAUGCAGCCUUACUGUCUCUCUCUGUAGACGCUCCCUUGGAUUUGUCCACUGAGGGCAGUGUAGGGAUUGUCAGUGCCCACCUUCAGAGGACAUUGAGACACUGGGUGGCAGAACCAGUAGUGGAGAAACGUAAAGCUAUUAUAGGGGUGUAUGCUCUAGUUCUGCUGGGAUCCGUGUGGUGCUCUUGUCUACUGCGGCCGGCUAGUCACGCUCCUGUGCUGUUCCACCGAGACACAAACCUGCAGAGACUGCUAAAUCUGCGCAGUAACCUGAGCGCCCAGGGGAUCUCAUGCCACAUGUGUUCGGGUGUUUUUAUGGAGCGACCUCAUAAUCUGCACAACAUUGCUGACUCCACCAGCUCUACCUCAGGAAAACAUCCAAUAAUUCACCCGAACCAGACCAAACCAGCACCCAACAACACAGCACAGACACUCACAGGUGGUUUUCUCACAGUCUAUGUCUUUAAGUUGGAGCUGGCCUCACCGGUCACUCUCUAUCGCUAUUCACUGAGUGCCAGCGUACCCAAACCCUGGCAAGCAUCCUCAACUGGGCAUGGAGAUGUCCCAUUCUUUCAGGCCUACAGUAGUCCCCAUAGCAACUUCAGCACGCGGAUGACCGUGUGUGUGUCUCACGCCUAUCACCCCCGCCCCCGGUGGAUGCUUACUCUACGGUCAUGUGAUGGUAGCCGGCACUGGAUAUCAGAGUUUGAAUUCUACGUGGCUUUGGAUGAGCAACAGCACAGCAGGAAGCUCUAUUUUGCCCAGCACAUGAUCAGCCCAUACCCCAGUCGUGUUUGUGACGGGCCACCAGGGUGUGUGUUCAACUCCGGUCCUGAUGGACCCAAUCAGGGCAGUUUCUAUGCCCCAAUACCUUCAGUCCCCACUCAGGUUAAGAUCUCUAGAACAUCAGGAUUUAACCCCUGCAGUGGAGGUGGAUGUGGUAAACCAGCAGUGCGCCCUCUAGUGGACACUGGAGCCAUGGUGUUUGUUGUUUUUGGUAUACUGGGAGUUAACCGCACUCAGCAUUCAGACAACCAUGUUAUUGGAGACCUUGGAAGUGUGAUCUUUGAUCCAGACUUUGAUCUCUUUAAUGAGAUUGGGCAUUUGUGCCAGCUGUGCAAAUCUAUCAGUGCCAAUACCAAGCUGGUGAAGCCUGGUGGAGCUCAAUGUUUGCCAUCAGGUAAUAGCCUCACUUCCAUUCUGCCCUUGCUCCAUCCUGACUGUCACUCUCUUCCUGAGCCCAACCUCUUGCCAGGCCAGCUGUCUCAUGGUGCAGUUGGCAUGCAGGGUGGUAGAGUGCACUGGAUAUCUAUGGCUUUUGAAUCUACCACCUACAAGGGAAAGUCUUCAUUUCAGACUCACUCUGAUUUCCUCCAAUGGGAGAGUUUCCUGCAGAAGGAGCUUGCUUCACUUCCAGCGUCAUCUGCCUUGAGGCAUGGGUUCCAGACAUGCCAACACUGGAAACAGAUCUUCAUGGAAAUUAUAGGUGUGGAGAGCGCCCUCUACAGUUUGCUGCUGUCGCUUGCCAUUUGCAUAGCCUCUGUAGCUGUAUUUACGGCUCAUCCACUUCUGCUGCUUCCCAUCCUGCUGAGCAUUCUGGGAAUGGUUUGCCUGGUGGUGGCGAUGAUGUAUUGGUUAGGUUGGGAGAUGGGUGCAGUAGAAGCCAUCUCACUCUCUAUAUUGGUGGGCUCUUCGGUAGACUAUUGCUUACAUCUUGUGGAAGGCUAUCUACUGGCUGGAGACACUGGGACCUUAGGACUGGACUCAUCAAUCAAACGGCAACUACGGACCCUUGAAGCAGCCAAUCACGUCGGGGUCGCCAUAGUGUCUAGUGCCGUUACCACAGUGAUAUCUACCUUUCCACUCUUUUUUUGUGUCAUUGUGCCUUUCGCAAAGUUUGGUCAGAUUGUGGCCAUUAACACAGCCAUCUCCAUCGUAUUCACACUCACAGUGACUACCGCUUUACUAGCAACAAUGGGCCCUGUCGACUUUACUCGGCCCCCUAGGGCAGUGCUAAAAGCCACUCUGGCUGUCCUGAUAUUGGGCGCCUCUGGAGGUCUCUUUUGGUGGAUUGGAUUACAAUUUGCUCCUGGCAUGCUGAUAUAAUGUUGGAAUCAAAAAAUCACACUGCAAAUUCCACCUGUUGCUGAUUCAGACUGCAAAUUCAAAUGUGCAAAUGUGCACAUAGCAAAUGUGAUAUGUUGAGAUGACAUGUAUAUGACUGUACUAUGAAUGUGAUAAUGAGGUUUUUCAGCAAGAUGGUGAAACAUCUUGGUUACUGUCGUAACCUCCGUUACCUGAUGGAGGGAACGAGACAUUGUGUCGAUGUAGUGACAUUAGGGGUCACUCUUGAGAGCCUCGCACACCUCUAUUCUUACCUCUAGAAAAGGCCAAUGAGAAUUGGCGAGUGGAAUUUGCAUGCCACUCCCCUGGACAUACGGGUAUAAAAGGAGUAGGAAUGCCCACUCUAAUUCAGGUUUUGUGCUGAGGAGCCGAGACAAGUUCCUGCUGUUUCAGCGGCUAGUACAGCGUUGUGGCAAGAGGGACACAACGUCUCGUUCCCUCCAUCAGGUAAUGGAGGUUAACCAAAACAUUCCCCUUCUGUCUAUCACUUGACGUUGUGUUGAUGUAGUGACACUAGGGGUCCCUAUAGAAGCUCACCCAACACCCCAAAAAUACGUCAUGUAGUUCCCCACAUCCCUGAGAUACUAGCAUGAGAGCAGGCCAUGCCAGCCGUGGCCUUUUCUCUCAAUGGGUCUGACUGCGAACUCCUCUGCCGAAUUCGCGAGCCACAGGGCUAGGAAGGAAGGACAUCUAGGCAGAGGUGCGCAGUAACAAGCUACAUUUACUCUGUUAUAUUUACUUGAGUAACUUUUUUGAGAAAAAAAAAUACUUUUAGAGUAGGUUUAAAAGGAGGUACGUUUUACUAUAAAUGUAAAAAAAAAAUUUUUACUUUUACUUCUUUACAAUGGGUGGCGUUACUGUUGUUACAUUACUGGGUUUAAUUUUAAUUAAUGUGUAAUUUAUUGAAUGGGACUUUUACGAGAGUGGAAGUUCACACAGCUGCGUGCGCUGAGCCGGUGCCACAGACUGUCACUCAAUUCAUCGGUGCUGUAGCAUCAAACUCUUCAAAGUGAAACACUUUCUUCACUCCGCACAGUAAAAAAAAAUAUAGUUUCGUCAUGCAACACCAAGACAAGCUGAUAUUUGCAGAUUAAAAUCACAGCUCCAACUUCAGGCGGCACGCUGAGGGAAAUUUUGGCUCUAAUUCUAACGUAGGCUUUUCUGUGUGUGCACAGCAAGGUGCGCGGGCCGCGUUUGAGAUGUGCGGGCAGGAGGCAGUCGUGGCAACAAGAGUGGCAGUGUCUGCAAUCGUUCACACAUUCACUAUUACCUAUAUAAUGAAUGGCAAUUAGUGCACUACAUCUCGGCAUUAAGUGAACGAAAUGAGUGAAUUCAGACGUGAGUUUCGGAGCUCUGGGGUUGUCGCAGAAACAACGUCACAUAUGACUUUUUAAAAUACUUGGGCCUUACUUGUUAUUCUAAUUAAAUAAUAUAUGAAUACAAUAAAUCUUAUUAUAUAUAAAUAUACAACCGUUCGGCUCCGAAGAAUAAAUCUGAAUGAGAGUGGGCAUUCCUACUCCUUUUAUACCCGUACGUCCAGGGGAGUGGCAUGCAAAUUUAAUUCGCCAAUUCACAUUGGCCUUUUCUCAAAAGAAUAGAGGUGUUCGGGGCUCUCAAGAGCGACCCCUAAUGUCACUACAUCGACACAACAUUGAGUGAGUGACAGAAGGGGAAUGGAAAUUCUGUUAGAAAUUGGGAAAUCCAGUUCAUGAAUAGUCAGCGUCAAGGUAGCAAACUCUCAUAGAUGUAUUACAUUGAUGUUUGAGGCAUUUGCUACCAGAAAUUAGUCCCAUGUAAGAGAAUCAGUCUGUCAUGGGCUUACAUUUUAUGUAAAUGUAUGACUACAAAGAAUUUAUUACCUUUCAUUAUUUUGUAUCUUAUUCAUGACCUGAACUGAAGUGACUUUGAGGGUACAGAAUGACAUGUCUCACAUCUGAUCUUCUGAGAGGUCUGAGGGGGUCCUGAAGUGUCAGGAGACAUAUUAAUUCUGUGAAUUCAUCUUGCAUGGAGGAAAACAGUAAAGGAGACAGAAGUCUGUAUGACACAAGACAAAGACAUUUUUGGCUGUAGUGGUGGGAUGUUAUGUGUUGGAAUUUCAAGCUCAAAUCAAUUCCAGAAGGCCCACAUUUCAGCUUUGGGAUAGUCAACAUGAAAUGGCAAUCACAACCCAUGUGAUGCAUUUCAGAUUGAAACGGGAUAUUCAUUUGAAAAGAAUGCAGGGGUCCUUUUAAUCAAUAGCAAAUUGAUUGGAUUGUGAAAAGUGGCAUUACCAAAAUAGUGCCAAACCUGAAUUUGAGUUUGCAGAUGAGUUUGGAGGAUUACUUCACUCCCGAAAGACCACUGGCACCCACUUUUAAGGAGGAUUUUUGACCAGGACAUAUAAGCUGAAGGUUAAGUUGACUCUUGAGAGCUUCUGUUUUAAUUCUACUGUUAUUAGCUAUUAUUGCAUUUAUAACAUUAAAGGGAAAGUUCACUCAAAAACUUUAAUUCUCUCAUCAAUUACUCACCCUCAUGACAUCCCAGAUGUGUAUGACUUUAUUUCUUAUACAGAACACAAAGAAAGAGUUUUAGUAGAAUUUCUCAGCU